UCCACUCACUGACCUCGGUAGUCGCGGCGAUUCGGCUUUCUGUGCUGUUGUGUGUUUUGUUUGGUGGUGUUUUGGUGAUAUUGACCAUUAGUAUUUUUUUGAAUCACUGGCUUGACGAUGCGGCGAGUUACUAAAGCGAAGGCAUCCGAUAUGGGUUGUGGUACUGGUAAAAAAGCUUCCAGGUCUCUCAAGGCUGGCAAGAAAGGUUCUGAAGCCGAAGAUGACGCCGAGGGUGGUGUAUCACCGAACCCUUCGACGUCACUCAAUGAAAAUGGCAGUCCAAAUGUCCCGAAGAAUGAGGACUCUGAUGAUGAAGCCGAAACUUUCGAGGUUGAGAUGAUACUAGGAUCACGUGUACGACAUGGAAAGCAACAGUUCAAAAUCCGCUGGAAGGGAUAUGGACCAGCAGAUGAUACAUGGGAAGAUGAAGAAAAUGUGGACUCCCCCGAACUUAUUGCCGCCUACCUUAGAGGGUCGCCUGACGAGGAUAAAGUUAAGAAGUCUCCGAAAAAGAAUCUUAAAAUUCCACCUCGGCAAAAAGGAAAAAAACGAAGCAACACAUCAGAGCUCAAAGAGAAACCAGCCAAGAAACCAAAACCAGAGAACGACGAUGAAAAUGCUGAGUGGGAAGUGAGCAAAAUAGUUGAUUAUGUAGAACUUAAGGAUGGAACCCGUCAGUUUCUUGUGCGAUGGAAAGGAUUUACCUCUAAGGAAAACACAUGGGAGCCAGAAGCAAAUUUGAACUGUGCAGACCUUAUUGAAAAAUUUUUAGCAUUGAAACACCAGCAAGAUGAAACCACCCGAGAAACGCGAGAAGUUCGUAAGCAAGUGUUCAAGUAUAACCCUGAAUUGACUAAACGUAGUAGUCAGCGAUCAUCAACCAAAAGAAGUGGUGGUGAUAGCAGUGUGGAUGGCCCGGGUAACAUCACUUCACACAGCUAUUUUCAGCGUGGAGAUUCAUCCUUACAACGUUCACCAAUUAAUUUGUCAAAUAGGCCUACUCUCUCAUCAUGGCGCAAAUCACGAGGCUCUUACACAUUUAGUUCCAAAGAAAACAGUCCAUGGUACUCAAAUUUGUCAUCAAAUUGUGUUGUCAUGUAGCUGGGGUAAUGCUCAGAGAGUGAGCAAUUUUAGAGCCCUUCCAAUGAAACUUGUUACAGAAUACUCUCAGAUACUUGGAGAUUUAAUCAAAAUCUGAAUGAAUUGGUGCAAUACCUUGAACCAUUGUUUAGUAUUUACCCUGUAUUAUUGCUAUUACCUUUUUUUUAUUUUUGGUAUUAUUAUUUUUAUCUGCAUCAUUUUCAUCGUCAUUAUCAUUUUUAAUGUAUUUGUUCUCAUGAGUUAAAAUGAUCUCGCCCUCCUAACUUUUAUUUAAGCGUUAGAUUCCUGAUAAAGUAUAGGAUUUUUUGAAACCAGUGUCAAUCUUGCUUUUGUGAUUCAAAAGUCAUAACUCGUUAUAACUGCAUGAUUUUUAAAUUUGAUUUUACAAAUGUAAUGCUCUCUAUACCAUAAUUUCUGUGUCUUGUGUUUAUCUUGUGUAAUUACAAUUCCGUAAUUACAAUGCUGCCGUUAUUAUUAGGGUGUAGUUAUUUUUUUUUUUUUUAAUGACUUAUGAGUUUUAUUUCGUGUGUGUUGCUAUUAUUAGUAACAUCUAUUUAUGCUGUAUGUUUCUGAAGAGUUUUCAUUACAAUAGGGUGGUGUAGUUUUCAUCAGAAUUGCACCAAAUACCCAGAGCACAGCACAGACCUAUUCCUUAGGAACUUGCAAUAAAUUUUAGAAAACCCUCAUCCUAAGUUUUGUUGCUUAGUUAUUUUUGUUUUUGUUUUUUAGUUUGCCCUAAUUUUAUCUCACUGUACUUGUACUCAUGUUUUAAGGUCUUGAAAUUAAAAACCAAAAUACUAAUCACUUAGUUUUUAAAGUGUAGGAAGUGCAUUGGUUUUACUUUUCUUUGGCCAAUCACAAUCAUCCAUUUGUAUGAAAUGGGAGUAAAGGAAAACUAUCUUUUGACUAUCUGUAAAUUUUUAGAUUUUAGAUCUAUAUUUGUGCAAUCAAAUAAAUCUUCUAAAUUAUA